GCCCACUUUUGCGCUUGAUCCUACAGUGUUCAGAAUAGCGUGUAUAAUUUAUGUGCCUUUUCCACUACCGCGCAACUGUGUUUGUUCCUGUGAGUGAAACACAAAAUCAGCACAGGGGAAAUGUCGAGAGUUUACAUCGGAAGAUUGAGCUAUCGAGCAAGGGAAAAGGACGUUGAGAAGUUCUUCAAGGGCUAUGGGAAGAUACUUGAAGUUGACCUGAAAAACGGGUAUGGGUUUGUUGAAUUUGAUGACCCCCGCGAUGCAGAUGAUGCUGUGUAUGACCUGAAUGGGAAAGACCUGUGUGGGGAGAGGGUUAUUGUGGAACACACAAAGGGGCCGCGGCGGGACGGCAGCUACGGCUCAGGAGGAGGAGGAGGAGGAGGCGGCGGUGGAGGAGGAGGAGGAGGGGGAGGAGGAGGUGGAGGUGGACGAAGCGGGGGCGGGUAUGGGCGUGGUGGCAGAGACAGAUAUGGCCCACCAGCAAGGACAGACUAUCGGCUGAUCGUUGAGAACUUGUCCAGUCGCUGCAGCUGGCAGGACCUGAAGGACUACAUGAGGCAGGCGGGUGAGGUGACGUAUGCUGACACCAAUAAAGGGCGCAGGAACGAGGGRGUGAUAGAGUUCAGGCUGUACUCUGACAUGAAGAGAGCCCUGGAGAAGCUGGACGGCACAGAGGUGAACGGCAGGAAGAUCCGGCUGAUUGAGGACCGCCCCGGGGCCAAGCGCAGCAAGCGCUCUUACUCUCGCAGCCGCUCCAGGUCUCGCUCCAGGAGCCGUAGGUCCCGUAAGAGCCGCAGCCGCAGUGASAGCAGCAGUCGCUCCCGCUCCAGGGGUGCUGCCUCCCGCUCACGUAGUCGCUCCCACAGCAAGAAGGACAAGGACAAGACCAAGGGCCGCAGAGAGGAGGAGCGCACCAACGGUGCCCACAAGGCCAAGGAUGUGGGCCGCAGUAAGAGCCGCAGUAAGAGCCGCAGUAAGAGCCGCAGUAAGAGCCGGAGUAAGAGCCGGAGUAAGAGCAAAAAGAGCAGCAAGAAAGACGGGAAGAAGAGCAGGAAGGAUGAGUCCAGGUCUCGUUCCCGCUCUCGCUCUAGGUCAGCAGCCAAGGAUCGCUCCAGGAAGUCAGGCUCCAAGAGCCGUGAGCCGGCCAAGAGCGACAACGAGGGAGCUGCAGCCGAGAAGGGGGCUCCCCGCUCUCGCUCCCAUACGCCCACUGAAUCCAAACCUAAAUCCAAGUCAAAGUCCAAAUCUCCAUCUCCCUCCCCGGCCAAAGCCCGCUCCCGUUCCCCCUCCGUCUCCCGCUCAGAGUCCCGCUCCAAAUCUCGCUCCG